GCUGGAUGAGGAUAAAGGUCCACACGGACACAAUCUGCCCAGAGAACCAAUCAAUAACGAGGUCUCGGGGUUAGGUUGAUGGUUCUUUCGGGAGUUCUUCCCUCAACAUGAGGGUCCGUAACUGACUUUUGGGUAUUGAACACAGGCUACCUGUUGCUAAAAGUUCAAUAUCCAUUUCCAUAUAGUUUCGGCGAGCAGAGCUGGGCGCAAUUACGCACGAGUACCCAUGGCACCGAUUUGGGACAGACGGGCUCCUGCGCUGCUCUUGGUGUGGAGCUACUGCGUCCUGGCCGAUUCCGCCUUCACGAACUUUACUCUGGACAACGAGUUCCACUCCAGCUUCAUCCACCGUCGGCUGAAGAGCCAGGAGCGCAGAGAGAUGCAGCGGGAGAUCCUGUCGAUCCUGGGGCUGCCGCACCGGCCGCGACCCCACCUCCACGGGAAGCACAACGCCGCCCCGAUGUUCAUGUUGGACCUGUACAACGCCAUGUCCACAGAGGGGGACGAGGACAGAUACUCAUACCCCUACAAGCCCGUCUUCACCACCCAGGGGCCCCCGAUAGCCAGCCUGCAAGACAACAACUUCUUAAACGAUGCAGACAUGGUGAUGAGCUUUGUCAAUUUAGUAGAGCACGACAAGGAAUUCCUCCCAGUGCGCCGGCAUCACAGAGAGUUCAGGUUUGACCUCUCGCGGAUCCCAGAGGGGGAGGCGGUCACUGCUGCCGAGUUCCGACUUUACAAAGACUUCAUCCACGAGCGGUUCGAUAACGAGACCUUCCGCAUCAGCAUCUACCAGGUGUUGGAGGAACACUCCAAUAGAGAGUCCGACCUGAUCCUGCUGGACUCGCGGGUGAUCUGGGCAGCAGAGGAGGGCUGGUUGGUGUUCGACGUGACAGCCACCAGCAACCACUGGGUCCUGAACCCGGGCAGAAACAUGGGGCUACAGCUCGCCCUGGAGAGCACAAAUGGAGAGAGUAUCAAUCCUCGUGUGGCCGGGCUGAUCGGCCGCAGUGGGCCUCAGAAUAAACAGCCCUUCAUGGUGGCCUUCUUCAAAGCAACCGAGGUGCACCUGCGAAGCAUCCGCUCAGCGCCGGGGGGGACCAAGCAGCGUAACCCCAACCGCUCCAAGGGGGCAAAGAGCCAAGAGGCGCUCCGAGUGGCCAGUGUUGCAGAAAACAGCAGCACUGAUCAGAAGCAGGCGUGUAAGAAGCACGAGCUCUACGUCAGUUUCAGGGACCUGGGUUGGCAGGACUGGAUCAUCGCUCCAGAGGGAUACGCGGCGUACUACUGCGAGGGAGAGUGCGCCUUCCCACUAAACUCCUACAUGAACGCCACAAACCACGCCAUUGUGCAAACCCUCGUUCAUUUCAUUAACCCAGAGACCGUCCCGAAGCCGUGUUGUGCCCCCACGCAGCUCCACGCCAUCUCAGUGCUCUACUUUGAUGACAGCUCCAACGUCAUCCUCAAGAAAUACCGCAACAUGGUGGUCAGAGCGUGUGGCUGCCACUAGACUCUCAGCAUCUUAGCACAGACACACAACAUGUAUGCACACACACACAAAGACAUACACACACGUAAAGCUGUUUUAUAAAUAAAGGCUGAAAAUGGAUUUCAAAACAAACUGCGUCUCACAUGCAUUUGAUGAAGGUCCUGAGCGCUCAAGACAAGUUUCCGAGAGCGGAUGACCAGUGAAACGUCUUCGCCUGUAGCCUUCAGCCUUCAGCCUUCACUCCGUGUAACUGUGCCAAAGGGCGAAGGCUGAACUUCACUCUGUGACACAAAAAGAAAAUUCUUGUUUUUCUUGAGCAAGAAUUUCAAUCAAUUUUAGAUUCCUCACCACAAGUACACACACAAACAUACGCACACGUGCACAAACAAAAACGCACACACACACACACACACACACUCACGUUUGUGCUUUCUACUGUGUAUACAAGACAUUUAAAGCAGUGAUUGUACUGUAUACUCCUUCACAGUCGACAAUAUUUUGUUUAUUUCAACAACUUGUUAUUGUAGUUCAUUCUUUUACUGUAGAUUUUUAUUAUAUAUAUAUUUUUAUGACUGAGAGACCCAGAUCGAAGUUCUGAAUUUCUUAUGUGUACAAUACCGUGUAAAUAAUUUUUUUUUCAACAAAAGAAAAAAGGCAAGAAGUGUAUUUAUUUCCUGAAAUGUAACUUGGGUUUGUGUUUUCUCCUGUAUGCAAUGCUGCCUGUUUUCUUUCACAUGAUAGUACACACACACACUCUGAGGAAAUGAAAACAAAGUUGACGGGAAACUACUUUGACGUGAGCGUGGUCCAAUUCAAAGAACCUCUCUCCGUCUCACGCUGAGGGUAGAGGGGGAAGUUUAUGACGACUUGGACCUGUGGAAAUGUCGAGAUAUUUCACCAGUCCUUUACAUCAACCUGACGCUCGUUUAGUUUUUUUUUUAAACCCACAACAAUCCGCGGAGGUAUUGAGAGAAAAGGGCUAUUUUUUUUCAAAGCCUGUUAUUCUGUGUGCAAAAAAAAUUUUCAGGUUUAUAUUCCUCUGCUGUAAUACAAUCUGUCAUAUUUAAAAACAAAAAAAGUCUAUUUAUUGAGAGCUGGCUAAGCUGUUUCUACAUUGUGCUCCGAUAUCUCAAACAUGUUUAACUGCUGAACUGGUACAACAAUAAACUGGGAGAAA